GAAGAAGACAGAGCUCAUGAACAAAAGGACUUAGACUUGAGCCACAGUCUCCUUCCCACAGAGCGUGCCCUGGGUGUCCAGUGGUGCACAGAAACGGACAGUUUCAAAUUUCAGAUUAAGUUACAAAACAAGCCCGCUACAAGGUGUGGUAUUCUGUCUGUUGUUAGCUCAGUUUAUGAUCCACUUGGUUUUUUAGCACCCGCCUUACUGCCAGCAAAGCUUAUUCUAAGAGACUUAUGCAAAGAGAAAUUUGGGUGGGAUGAAGAAGUAGAAGUCAAACACAUUCACAUUCAGAAAUGGAAAAAAUGGAUGGAUGAUUUGCAGUUACUUACAGACUAUAAAGUGAACAGAUGCUUCAAACCUACCAGGUUUGGAACUAUAAAGACAGCACAAAUGCACCAUUUUGCAGAUGCUAGUGAAGAUGGAUAUGGCACUGUCACUUACCUUGUCUUAACCAAUGAAGAGGGCAAAAAGCAUUGUUCAUUCCUGAUGGGCAAGUCAAGAGUUGCACCAUUGAAGCAGGCCACGAUUCCAAGAUUGGAGCUGACUGCAGCCGUUGUGGCAGUUAAAAUGGACAAAAUGCUUAAAAGUGAGCUUCAAAUGCCCUUAGAAGAAUCUACAUUUUGGACUGAGAGCAUCACGGUGCUAAAAUACAUUUCAAAUGAAAGCACUCGGUUCAAGACCUUUGUUGCCAACAGAAAUGUGAUCAGAGAUCAUUCACAGCCUUCACAGUGGAGGUAUGUCACAUCUGUCCUUAACCCGGCUGAUCAAGCAUCUAGAGGGCUAAGCAUGGAGAACUUUCUGAAAAGCACCACAUGGUCACAAGAUGCACUCUCAGCUCAGUCCUAUGUUACAGUCUCCUAUGUUAAGCCAGUGCUGCACCUUUUUCAAACCAGCAUCUUGGUUCACCAGCCAGAAGACACAGAGCUCACUAUGUCAAUUAAGACCAAAAUUCUUGAUUAUCUGAGAGAGAAAUUUGAUGACCCUGCCACCCAGCAACUACUAGACAUUGCUUCUUUUUUGGAUCCACGUUUCAAAAGAUCAUACAUUCCUGAGGAAAAGUAUGAAGAGGUCAAACACAGAGUUGUGUCUGAAGUGGAGACCCUUCAAUAUGAUGAGACCAGUGCCCAGCCUAACUUAGCUGGGAAACUUUCAGAAGCAGCUGAAGCAUCACCACCACCAGCCAAAAAGGGAGAAGCGAAGCUUUGGUAG